AUGGCGUUGAGAAUGUUUGAAGAAAGCGACCAUGCUGCUGCUUACCUGCGGUACAGAAUGACACCUGAGGAAGUGGUCACAAGGAUUAUGGACUUCAUGAAACCAAAGGUGGAAAAAAAGUUCAACCUCGCAGUGGAUGUUGGAUGCGGUUGCGGUCAGGGGACCGUACUCUUGGCCCCCUUCUUUGACCAGGUUGUUGGGACAGACAUUAGUCCUGCCCAGCUGGACGUGGCUCAAGCUAAUAGUGCGCGCCCAAAUGUGACGUACAGGCAGUGUCCUGCAGAGGAACUACCGUUCGAGCCGAACCAGGUGGACCUCCUGGUGGCCAUGACGGCGGCCCACUGGUUCGACCGACAGCGCUUCCUGAAGGAGGUCGACCGUGUGCUGAAGCCCGGUGGCUGCCUGGCCCUGCUAAGCUAUGCCACAAAUGACUUGGAGCUGGAAUAUGGCGAUGCCACAAGUGCGCUUAACAAAAUCUGUGAAGAGUUUUCUGCAGUGUUGCAACCCUUCAGACACCCUCUGGCCUCCGCUUCCACUUCAAAGAUCUACCUAGAACUGUUUGAAUCCUGCUCCUAUACGGACAAAGAGUGGAAUGGCCGUCUAAGAGCUACAAGGACGGUGACUGUGAACAGUUACAUCGGGAUGGUCGAGACGCUCGCCAUCUACCAGAUUUUUAAGCAACAGGAUCCCGCUGGGGCCAAACUUCUUUCUGACAACAUCAGGAACAAGUUGUUGGGCGCCAUGCAGGUGUCCUCACCAGAAACGGAGCUCACCAUGGUGAUCAAGUAUUUCUACAUGCUUGCACGCAAACCUUAAAGCUUGAGACUGGCGCAAAGACAGACAAGAUAAAGGUCUUAUCUGUGGCCGCUGAUUUGAGAUGCUAGAAAAUAAAAUCUCUGGGAAAAAAAGGAGUUGCAGAAGCUGUUUGAUUUGCCAUGAUUUCCUAGUGCAUA